AGGCGGCCUCUGUUUCCCGUGAAUUGUCCCUUCGACGCACGCAACCUACCUACAAAAGAAUUUUAGCCGAUAAUGUGUCUACUGAAAGCUGUUUAACUAAAUUUGUCAACGAAGUCGACGCGAUGACAAAAGAAAACAAGGCACUUCAUGAAAAUAUAGAGACACUUAAGAUUCAACGUUGCACUCUUCUAAGGGAACAGGAAAGUUUGGCUAGCAAGAGCUCCGCCGUAGCAAAGAUAACCCAUUUAUUGACGCUACAACAGAGGAACCUGAACAAUUUGCCGCGCAAAGGCAAGGCACAAAAUUCUCGGGGAGCUUCCUUGCAACCGGAGUGUCAGACGGUGAAAGGCGAAGACGAGGAUUUAUUGGAAAUGAUUAGGAUUUUAAAGAAAAAAUUGCGUCGCAAACGCGAGUACUCAAAUUAUUUAGAAGAAGUGUACAAUAGUAACCGCAAAUGGGCGAGUAAAACGGUGAAUUGCCUCUCAGAAAUCCACAAGCUGGUUCUAAUUUUGCUCAGUGACCGGCCUGGUUCCAUGGUGGCAAAGAAAUCGGUCAACUGCACACCGGAAGUCAUUCAACUGAUCCUUACUCACCUAACGUCAAUUCUAGAGGAAUCUAAUGAACACGAUUUCCAGACACGGGAAAAAAUCAUACCUUUGCGCGAAUCCAUUGGAGAUGAUCGUGAUUCGUCCAAAUAUAACAGUGAAACGGACGAAAGUAGUGGAAUUAGUCAGCCGCACUCCAGUCGAGCAGAGGAUAGCGAGCUGGAAAUUUCAGAGCCAGAGAUGGACUCAAACGAUAAAAGAAAGAGAAGCUUUCCCUGUCAAAGUCAACGUGCUGCGUCCUCCACUUCCCUGCGUACUAAAAAUCAUACAACAAUGCCAUGUUCCUCUCUCAGUCCGCAAAAGUUUCCGGAACUUUGGGAUGUGAUGGCCGGACCAAAGCUGCAGCAGUUUAGUCCACACUCGAGACGAUGGUGUGGAGCACUAGAGAAACUGCGCGCUCUGCUUCACACCCCGUCGCGAAAGUCGUAUUCAUCCGAUACACGCUACCGGAUAAAACCCGGAGAUCUGAAAAUCAUUCCCUCACCAUCGUCCAUUAUACCAACGAACACAGCUAAAAUGGACACUCUGCGAAGAUGUCAAACAAAACUUCCACACAUUCUACCUGCGUCUGUAGCCAAAACACAACCGUGA